AUGCGUGGAUGCGGCAGGGGCGUGCGGCGCCGGCGGCAGGCCGGCGCCAUGGCGAAGCCGACCUCGGCGCUGCCGCUGCCGCUGCCGACCGACAACGCGACGCUGAACGCCAGCUGCGCUGAGGCGGGCGGGCCGCACGACUGGGCCGACCAGCGGCUGCUGUCGCUGCUGGCGCUCGCCUUCCUCAACGUCAUGGUCGUGGCCGGCAACGUGCUGGUGGUGAUGGCCGUGUUUGUGCACAGUAAGCUGCGCACGGUGACGAACCUUUUCAUCGUGUCGCUGGCGUGCGCCGAUCUGCUGGUCGGCAUCCUGGUGCUGCCGUUCUCGGCCACGCUGGAGGUGCUGGACGUGUGGCUGUACGGCGACAUCUGGUGCUCGGUGUGGCUGGCCGUGGACGUAUGGAUGUGCACGGCGUCCAUCCUGAACCUGUGUGCCAUCAGCCUGGACCGCUACUUGGCCAUCACCAAGCCCAUCAGUUACCCGAGCCUCAUGUCGACGCGGCGCGCCAAGCUGCUGAUCGCCGCCGUCUGGGUGCUCAGCUUUGUCAUCUGCUUCCCGCCGCUGGUCGGCUGGAACGACCGCACCGGCUCGCUGAUUGGCUCGCGCGGCAGCGGCGCCUGCCGCAUCGCUUGUGAGCUGACCAACGAGCGUGGGUACGUCAUCUACUCGGCGCUCGGCUCCUUCUUCAUCCCGAGCGCCGUCAUGCUUUUCUUCUACGGCCGCAUCUACCACACGGCCGUCAGCACGACGCGCGCCAUCAACCAGGGCUUCCGCACCACCAAGGAGGACGACGAGGGCCGACUCACACUGCGCAUCCACCGCGGCCGCUCGGUGACGCAGCGCGCCGAGCGGCCGGCCGGAGACUCUGCCUACGGCGCGCUGCCGGGCUGUGGCCGGCCGCACGGCCAGGUCCGCCUCACGCUCAGCGAGCCGGGUGGCCGUGGCCAGAAGAAGCCGUCGUUCGUCGUGCACUGUCGCGAGGACAGCCGCGCCAAGAACCAGUACGAGAUCUACACGGUGGUGGAGGGCGAGGCGCGGCCCGGUCGGCGAGCCGCUCCGCCGCGCCGCCCGCCUGCCAAGAAGCUAAGCUCGUGCUCGCAGAGCUCGGAGGAGGAGGCGCGGCCUCGCUUCAUCUCGCGCGUCAGCCGGCGCAACAUCCGCCACCAGGCGCGCCGCUUCCGUAUGGAGACCAAAGCGGCCAAGACGGUCGGCAUCAUCAUCGGCCUGUUCAUCCUCUGCUGGCUGCCGUUCUUCGUAUGCUACCUGGUACGCGGCUUCUGCCGCGACUGCGUGCACCCGCUGCUCUUCUCCGUGUUCUUCUGGCUCGGCUACUGCAACUCGGCCAUCAACCCGUGCGUGUACGCGCUGUGCAGUCGCGACUUCCGCUUCGCGUUCAGCAACAUCGUGUGCCGCUGUGUGUGCCGGCGCGGCGCCAUGGAGCGCCGCUUCCGGCGCUCGCUGGUGGUGAGCGGCCGCGCUGCCAGCCAGGAGGAGGAAGCGGACACCGGCCGCGGCGAGGGCACGGUCUGACCGGCGCGGCGGCGCCGGCGCGCCGGCCAGCGCCGCCCGCCGCCCGACCACCUCGUACAAACCCGGCUCUAGUCAGGCUCUGCUUCAAAUCAAAACAGUACCGAUGGCUGUCUUGCGGGACCUCACAGCUCGCUGGUGUGGCGAUGCGCUGGGCGGCUCGCGAUCGUCACGGAAGGGUUGCGUGAGCGCGGCGUCGGCGCAGGUCGGCGUUGCGGCCAGGUAGAGCGAAUGCAUGGUAGCCAUGUUGUUGUACUGGCAGGCGACGAAGAUCAGUGUUCAAUGGUUGUGUGUCGUUGGUUCUACUGGCGCCACGUUCAGUUCGACGUUAUCUGUGUAUGAAAUGAACGCAUGCCAGUCUCCCAUAAUGGAAGCACGAUUUAGAUUAGGGGCACCCCAGAAAAUAUCGCUAGCGUUUCUACUCAGGUGACUUCGACUUCACAUCAAGUUUUCACUAGCGACCGCCGCGGAAGCUAAUCCGCCGCGCAGAGGUCAGGCAGAGGUCAGGCGAGUUGGCAUGUUAGCAGCGAUCCGCGCGACCACGUAAGAGGCAGCAGGACUGCGCUCAGCUCUUGGCUCAGCCCUCAUCCGUCAUAAUCUCUCAUCGCUUUUCAUACUCCCCAGUCUCAGGUACAGCUGUGGACCAGUGGGAUUCAGUACUGGACGCCCUGAACGUGCUUCGUUCCGUUCCUUUCAUCCUGCAAGCGGGCGUCACAAACCGCCGGCGCCGGACGGAAAACAAACCAGAGACUGCGCUGCGUCAUCGUCGAUUGGAGCGGCGGUGCUUGAUGCAGGUGACGAGCCCGGCUCGGUGUGCAGGCCAGUGUAAUGUGGUUCGGGGCCGCCGCGUUCCCGGGACGACCGUGCGGCCGGGCGACGCUCUGCGGGGUGCGCUGUGCCAGCCGCCUGACACAGGUACUCAGGCUCACCCCGUGUCGAGACACGCGGAAGAGGUCUGACCUGUAUUCCAGAGGUGUUACAUGUUGUAAUACACGCCAAUGCUGAUCGUGCGACGAUGGUGGAUCAUCA